UAAAUGCCUUAAAUCUGUUUUCUUUCCAUAAUACCAAUACCUUUCAAUCAAUAAAUCGAAGAUAAAAAUGAGUUGCAACGGUUGUCGUGUCCUCCGAAAAGGAUGCAGCGAAGAUUGCAUGUUACGUGAUUGUCUAACAUGGAUACAAAACCCACAAGCACAGGGUAACGCCACUCUCUUCGUUGCUAAAUUCUUCGGCCGUGCUACACUCAUGUCUUUCCUAUCUUCUGUUCCUCCCAACCAAAGAUCCGGUUUGUUCCAGUCACUUAUGUAUGAAGCUGUUGGAAGGACUAUAAAUCCGGUGAAUGGAGCAGUGGGGCUUUUGUGGACUGGGAGGUGGCGGUUUUGUCAACUGGGUGUCGAGCAAGUUUUGAGGGGUAACGGUGGCGCGUUGACACCACUGCCGGAUCAUGAGAGUAGUGAAAAGGGAAGUAGUUCUAGACAUCAUCAAUAUCACCAACAAAAACUAAUGAUUGAAGAAAACAAGACACAGUCCGAGGAAUCGGAGUCGUCGACGUUAGGAAGCAGAACAGGAACUGAGGAUUAUUCAUAUGAUUAUGCUAAUUCUCAAACUCAAACUCAAACCAAACAACUCCUUACACUGUUCUUAUGAUCUCUUGUUGAUUGUUAUUCUUCAAUUAAAUUAUUAUCCUA